UCAUUCAAGAAAAGGAACUGGCCCAAGAUCAUGAGAGAGAGGAGAUAGAACGGAAUCUUAAUUUUUUGAAGGAAAAACUUGAUCACCCCUCAACUGAUGCUGAUAGACCUCUAUACGAUUCUCUUAAAAAGAAGAUUGAUACUCUUGAUCCCAAAGACCUUACAUAG